UGGCUCGCUUAUAAAAUGAAUCGUUCGGAAGCGUUCAACAGUUCAUUCGGUGUUAGAAGCUAUUCACAGCCGCACCAAACGAUAAUCAGCAUGGGUAAAAGUAAAAUUGUAUUAUUUCUAUUCAUUGUGCUGAGCACGGUUUGUUUAUCAAAACAACAGACAAUCGUCGAUUCAGACUAUAAAUAUGUGUAUACGUUGGGAAAUUUCGCCAUUCAAGUUGAUAAUACUGCUCAGAAUACCGUUUACACUGUACAAAAGUUCGGCCGACAAAUACAACGGGUGCAUUUGAAUGCUGAUUUUGAGAAAAAUUUAACGAGAACCGAAACAGCUGAUGGAUUCGUUCUGCAUGGCUUGGACAGAGAUGUUGAAUUUAAAGUGAUUGAAGAUAGUGAUGAUUUUACGUUGGUGAAAGUGUCAAGUUUAUUGAAGCGAAACCAACGAGACAGUCACUGUUUCAAUUUAUAUACGGGUCGUAUGAAUUGGUUUGGCGGACCACAAAUUUUCUAUCAAUAUUGGCCAGUGGAAAAAUUUCGAUUCCAAGAUUAUUCGUACGUUCCAAAACAACAGGACAAUGUGGGUGUUGCUGAACGUUACUGGUUGAAUUCAGAAGGUGGUUUCAUUUAUGUUGACGAUAAAGUGCCACUGUUCUUGGAUCAAAAUGUCAAUAGCAACCAACUGUGUUUCCUGGUUAAAAAUGAACUGCCCUACAACACACGUAGAGAAUCAAUCGAUUUUGUUUACACAUUGGGCUUUGGAAAUGAUGCCAAGGAUGCUCAGCGAAAGGCUGUGGCCAAAUUCCUGGAAAAACCAACCGCCGUUGCAGAUCGUCGUAUGGUGGAACAUCCCAUUUGGUCGACGUGGGCAAGGUAUAAAGCACCAAUUGACGAAAAAACGGUGGAAGAAUUCGCAUCGGAAAUUGAAAGGUACGGCUUCAGUAACAGCCAAUUGGAAAUCGACGAUGACUGGGAAAUUUGCUAUGGCGCUCUGAGCUUCGGCAGCAAAUUCCCGAACAUUCGAAAUCAAACCGAUGGUUUAAGAGCUCGCGGUUUCCGAGUGACAUUAUGGAUUCAUCCGUUCAUUAAUAAAGGCUGUGAACCAUGGUAUACAGAAGCCAAAGACAAAGGAUAUUUGGUCACAAAUUACGAAGGAAAUCCCGACACAGAAUGGUGGAAUAGCGUAGCAAAUGACUCGGCCUAUAUUGAUUUCACAAAAUUUGAAGCAGCUGAAUGGUAUCAAAAUCGAUUGAAAAAACUACAAGAAGAUGCGGGCAUUGAUAGCUUCAAGUUUGAUGCCGGUGAAACUAGCUGGUUACCGAAGGAUCCAAAAUUAAACACAGAUUUGGAUGACCAUCCAUUGGCCAUAACAAAAGCAUAUAUUCGAGCUGUAAGCAAGUUUGGUCCAAUCGUUGAAGUACGCUCUGGCCAAGGCACACAAGAUUUACCGAUUUUCGUACGAUUUAUCGAUAAAGAUUCCGAAUGGACUUAUCGAAACGGUUUGCCAACGUUAAUCACAUCGUUACUUCAAAUGAACAUUGUUGGCUAUGGAUUUAUUCUUCCCGACAUGAUUGGCGGCAAUGGCUACAAAGGAGCACCUUCUGAGGAACUGUUCCUUCGAUGGCUUCAAGCAAACGUGUUUAUGCCAAGUUUGCAGUAUUCGUACGUGCCAUGGGAUUACUCAGAAGAAGCAAUCAAAAUCAGUAAAAAGUUCACUAACUUGCAUGCCCAAUACACCGAUGACAUCAUGGCCGCUUUCGAAAAAGCAGUCAUAUCUGGCGAACCAGUAAAUCCUCCAAUCUGGUGGAUCGAUCCAAAAGAUAAAGUUGCAUUGGGCAUCAGUGACGAGUUCCUCUUAGGAGAUCGCAUUUUGGCUGCACCAGUAAUAAACAAAGGUGAAGAUUUCCGUGACGUUUACUUGCCCAAAGGAAAUUGGUUUGAUCCAAACCAGAAUAAAACGCAUGCCGGACCAAUUUGGUUGAUGGAAUAUCCAGCUCCGAUUGAUGUUUUACCAUACUUUAUUCGAGAAAAACCAUAAGAACAAGAAACAAAAUUGUUAUACUAUUUUCCAUUGUUUCAAUAUGACCAAAUUUAAAAGAAACCAAAUGAAAAACGAACAAAAUAACAAGCCAAAA